CAACAAAUUUACACAGACUAGCAAUUCCAGAGUGAUUUUUCUUCGUACUCGCAACCACUUCGCAGGCUCAAAAUUGUGCGUUUGUGUCGCUCAGUAUUAUUCGAAAAAUUCUCGAAAUUUUCUGUGCACUUUCAAGGUAGAGGCGAAUCGGUGUAGAAAGAAAAUUCAUUGUGCAAAAUGAACGCCCAACAAGCACACAAGGAACAUGUCCUGGCCGUAUCCCGGGACUUCAUCUCCCAGCCCCGUUUGACCUACAAGACGGUGUCUGGUGUGAACGGUCCCUUGGUCAUCCUCGAUGAGGUCAAGUUCCCCAAGUUCGCCGAGAUCGUGCAGCUGCGCCUGGCCGAUGGCACCAUCCGUUCCGGACAGGUGUUGGAGGUGAGCGGCUCCAAGGCCGUGGUGCAAGUGUUCGAGGGCACCUCGGGCAUCGACGCGAAGAACACCCUCUGCGAGUUCACCGGCGACAUUCUGCGCACCCCCGUGUCGGAGGACAUGUUGGGCCGCGUGUUCAACGGCUCCGGCAAGCCCAUCGACAAGGGACCCCCAAUCCUGGCCGAGGACUUCCUGGACAUCCAGGGCCAGCCCAUCAAUCCCUGGUCUCGUAUCUAUCCCGAGGAAAUGAUCCAGACUGGCAUCUCCGCCAUCGAUGUGAUGAACUCGAUUGCCCGUGGCCAGAAGAUCCCCAUUUUCUCGGCUGCCGGUCUGCCCCACAACGAAAUUGCCGCCCAGAUCUGUCGUCAGGCCGGUCUCGUCAAGCUGCCAGGCAAGUCGGUGCUGGAUGAUCACACCGACAACUUUGCCAUUGUGUUCGCUGCCAUGGGUGUCAACAUGGAGACGGCCCGUUUCUUCAAGCAGGACUUCGAGGAGAACGGCUCCAUGGAGAACGUGUGCCUGUUCUUGAACUUGGCCAACGAUCCAACCAUUGAGCGCAUCAUCACGCCCCGUCUGGCCCUGACUGCCGCCGAGUUCUUGGCAUACCAGUGCGAGAAGCACGUGCUGGUCAUCCUGACCGACAUGUCCUCGUACGCCGAGGCCCUGCGUGAGGUGUCCGCCGCCCGUGAGGAGGUGCCCGGCCGUCGUGGUUUCCCCGGUUACAUGUACACCGAUUUGGCCACCAUCUACGAGCGUGCCGGUCGUGUGGAGGGUCGCAACGGCUCCAUCACCCAGAUCCCCAUUCUGACUAUGCCCAACGACGAUAUUACCCAUCCAAUUCCCGAUUUGACUGGUUACAUUACCGAGGGCCAGAUCUACGUCGAUCGUCAGCUGCACAACAGACAGAUCUAUCCUCCAGUCAACGUGCUGCCAUCCCUGUCACGUCUGAUGAAGUCCGCCAUUGGCGAGGGCAUGACCCGCAAGGAUCACUCCGAUGUGUCCAACCAGCUGUACGCUUGCUACGCCAUCGGCAAGGAUGUGCAGGCCAUGAAGGCUGUCGUGGGUGAGGAGGCGCUGACGCCCGACGAUUUGCUGUAUUUGGAGUUCUUGACCAAGUUCGAGAAGAACUUCAUCUCGCAGGGCAACUACGAGAACCGCACUGUCUUCGAAUCGUUGGACAUUGGCUGGCAGUUGCUGCGUAUCUUCCCCAAGGAGAUGCUCAAGCGUAUCCCAGCCUCAAUCUUGGCUGAAUUCUAUCCUAGGGACUCGCGCCAUUAGACUCUGUUUAUUGUUUUGUUUUUGAUUUUUGUCCAAAAUUUUGUUUCAUUCAUAAUUUAAGCUGGCGGCGGCGCAUCGUGCGGCGCGUCCCCACCUCCUGCAAUAUCCCCGCUGUGUAUGCGUCUAUAUAUACAUAAAUCCACAAUACAUACAUAAUAUCUAUCUACGUUGAAUCCUUCCUGAUUUGUGUGUACACAGAGGAGCCGAAGCGUAGCCAAAACCAAUAACACUAACAAUAACUAGUUAAAUACUAUCCAAACGAGCAAUCUACCGCGUAAUAUGUGUGUUUUUUAGCAGCAUCGAAAGCAUGUCGGAAACGAGAUCCCUUGAAAUGUAUAUAAAUUGAAUUGCCGCCUAACCACAAAAUCUUACUAUAUAAAAUACCAACACACUGUCCUGUAAUUCGUUGCCAAUCUCAGUCAGUCAGUCAGUCGAUCAUUUGUUAAAGUUUACUGUUUUUUGUUAGGUUUUAAGUGUGUGCUCUUUGAAUCGUUUAUAUAAUUUCUCUUACUACUUUCACAUAAAGAAUCGUAGCAUUCCAAAAACACAAAAUUAACAAAUUAUUGCCUCUGUGUGUUACCUUCGUUUGAUCCCUCUGAUCUGACCUGCCCCCAUUCAUUGUCUUUUGUUCCUGCGUUAGACACCAACGGUUCACCAGUUCGCACAAGUAUUAAAAAUGAAAACCAACCCCUCCUUCCUUUCGUAGCGGCCCCCCCUUCGCCCGUCCCAGGGGGUUAGCUGUACACAGCACCCUGCACCCUGCACCGAACCAUGUGAACAAUUUGUACAGCAACUCAACUAAACAAUGGAAUAUAAGUGCAAAACACAAUGCUUUAAUGCAGCAAAUAUUUUAAAAUGAAAAUCUAUAAAAG